AUGUCGCAGGUUAAACAGGUCGGCCUUUUGGCUGCUGGAUGUCAGCCAUGGAACAAAGAUGUCUGUGUUGCCAAUGGAGACAGAUUUGCAUACUGUGCCACAUUGGCUAUUUAUAUUUAUCAGCUUGAUCACAGAUACAAUGAAUUCAAGCUUUAUGCAAUCAUGUCUGAACACAAAAAGACCAUCACAGCCAUCUCUUGGUAUCCUCACAACCCUGACAUGUUUGCCAGCGCCAGUGCAGACAACCUUGUUAUCAUUUGGAACGUGGCAGAACAGAAAGUGGUAGUCAGACUGGAUAAUACAAAAGGGAUUCCUGCUUCAAUCAGCUGGUGUUGGGAUUCGAGAGAUGCUGUGGCGUUUGUGUCUCAUCGAGGCCCAUUGUACAUCUGGACAAUCUCCGGACCAGACAAUGGGGUAGCAGUGCAUAAAGAGGCGCACAGCUUCCUGUCCGACAUCUGUCUCUUCAGGUGGCAUCCCAAAAAGAAAGGAAAGGUGGCCUUUGGCCACACGGAUGGAAGCCUAUCUAUCUUUCAGCCCGGUUGCAAGAGCCAGAAGCACGUACUGAGGCCAGAAUCCCUGGAAGGAACAGAUGAAGAGGAUCCAGUGACGGCUCUGGAAUGGGAUCCUCUCUCCACUGACUACCUGCUGGUUGCUAAUCUACACAAUGGAAUUCGAUUAGUUGAUUCAGAAUCGCUGUCCUCCAUCACAACGUUCAGCUUUCCCAGCGCAGCUGCAUCAGUGCAGUGUUUAGCUUGGGUUCCCAGUGCUCCGGGCAUGUUUAUAACUGGAGAUUCUCAGGUUGGUGUCAUGCGUGUUUGGAAUGUCUCCAGAACAACACCAAUAGAUAACUUCAAGUUGAAGAAAACUGGGUUUCAUGCUUUGCACGUGUUGAAUUCUCCACCAAAGAAAAAAUCUUUUUCUGCACAUUCCCCUACAAAGAAUCACCACACGUCAUCAACAAGUGAAGCUGUUCCCCCUCCUACCUUGUCUCAGAAUCACGCUUUCUCUCUUCCUCCUGGGCAUGUGGUUUGCUGUUUCAUGGAUGGUGGAGUGGGGCUCUAUGACAUGGGGAGUAAGAAGUGGGACUUUCUCCGAGAUCUGGGUCAUGUUGAAACAAUAUUUGAUUGUAAAUUCAAACCGGAUGAUCCCAACCUCCUGGCAACGGCAUCGUUUGAUGGGACAAUAAAAGUGUGGGAUAUAAACACGUUGACAGCAGUGUACACCUCUCCAGGAAAUGAGGGGGUUAUCUACUCAUUGUCUUGGGCCCCAGGAGACUUGAAUUGUAUUGCGGGUGCAACCUCUCGCAAUGGGGCUUUCAUAUGGGAUGUAAGAAAAGGCAAAUUGAUCACAAGGUUUAAUGAGCAUGGUAAAAAUGGAAUAUUCUGCAUUGCAUGGAGUCACAAGGAUUCUAAGAGAAUAGCAACAUGCAGUGCGGAUGGGUACUGCAUUAUUCGAACGGUUGACGGUAAAGUUCUACACAAGUAUAAGCAUUCAGCUGCUGUGUUUGGGUGCGAUUGGAGCCAAAACAAUAAAGACAUGAUAGCAACUGGCUGCGAGGACAAAAAUGUGCGAGUUUACUAUCUAGCAACCAGCUCUGACCAGCCACUGAAGGUCUUCACUGGCCACACGGCCAAAGUGUUUCAUGUCAGGUGGUCCCCUCUGAGAGAGGGUAUUCUCUGCAGUGGUUCUGAUGACAGUACUGUAAGAAUAUGGGACUAUACACAAGAUGCCUGUAUAAAUAUUCUAAGUGGACACACGGCCCCUGUUCGAGGUCUACUGUGGAACACAGAAAUUCCCUAUCUUCUGAUAUCGGGCAGCUGGGACUACACUAUUCGUGUUUGGGAUACAAGGGAUGGAACCUGUCUAGAUACUGUUUAUGACCAUGGUGCAGAUGUUUAUGGUCUAACCUGCCACCCGAGCCGUCCUUUCACCAUGGCAUCAUGUUCCAGAGACUCCACCGUAAGGCUGUGGUCAUUAACACCUUUAAUUUCCCCGCUCCAAAUAAACAUCUUGGCUGAGAGGCAGUGGGAAGAAAUAAUUGGGAAUACUGACCGAGCUAUGACACCAGCUGCUCCUCCUCUACUGUGUGGUAAAGUAUCCCGAGAUAUCAAACAAGAGCUGGAUAAGCUCACGGGUAAUGUCCGAAUAAAGAAGUUACGAUGGUUCUCAGAAUGCCUGUCUCCUCCUGGGGGUAGCAAGAAUCUCUGGGACCUGGUGGCUGUUUUAAAAGACCAAGAUGACAGUCUACUUCCACAGAACUACUGCAAAGGAAUCAUGCACAUGAAACAUCUGGUCAGGUUCAAAACUUCUGAAGCCCAAGAGUUAACAACCGUGAAGAUGUUCAAGUUUGGAGGUGGAAUUGGGGCUCCGAGCAAGGAGGAGAGACUUAAGGAGGCAGCUGAGAUUCAUCUGAGACUAGGUCAGAUCCAGAGAUACUGUGAACUUAUGGUGGAACUUGGGGAGUGGAACAAAGCUCUCUCAGUGGCACCUGGUGUUUCAAUGAAGUACUGGAAGAAGUUAAUGCAAAGGAGGGCUGAUCAGAUGAUCCAGGAGGGAAAUGAUGACAUCAUCCCAUACUGCAUCGCCACCGGCGAUGUGAAGAAGCUGGUGACGUUUUUCACCUCCCGAGGGCAGCUGAAGGAAGCUCUCCUGGUCGCUCAGGCAGCUUGUGAAGGGAAUAUUCAUGUGCCACAAGUCUUAUCAUCGAACGGAGCAGCAGGUGAUGAUGGAAACAACAUGGCAGAGGACUACAAUGAACUGUUACACAGAGUGAGUAAGGAGCUGGCAGAAUGGUACUUCCAGGAUGGACGAGCAGUGUUAGCAGCGUGUUGCCAUUUAGCAGUGGAUGAUAUUGAGCUUGCGAUGUCAAGUCUGAUUCGUGGGAAUGAGCUGGAGUUAUCGGUUUGUUUGGGAACUGUGCUGGGAGAUUCUGCAGGACGUGUAACUAACUAUGCACUGGAACUUCUAGCCCGGAAGUGCAUGUCAGCAACAACGUGCUUUCCACACAUUGGAUACAGGGACCUAGCUGCAGACCUUCUUACAAUGAUCCCCGACAACGAGAUGCUGAUAGUCAAACUGUGUGCAUUAUACCCUGGAAGCACUGAAGAAGUUAAUGACCUUCACGAGAAAUGCAAUUUGCCGACUACUGAGGAAUGCCACCAACUAGCUGAAUCUCACAAAUCUGAUGGGGAUGUAUUCCAGGCAGUGAAAUAUUACUUGUUGAGCCCUGAACCAGAAAAAGCCCUUCCGAUUGGUCUUCUUUAUGUUAAAGAGCAGCUAAAGAGUUCUGAUUGGACCGUGGACAUACUCUAUCGGAUGUUGGGGCUGCUCAGCUACAUCCGCACUGACCGGCUGGUGCUGCACAAGUGUAGUGAAGUUCGGAAUGAGCUGUUGAUAUUCUGUGGCUACAUUGCAGCUUUGCUGGCGAUUAGAAGACAUUAUAGCAGUAUUGUUCCUGCACUCUAUGAGUACACCAGUCAACUUCUGAAACGUCGAGAGGUGUCAGUUCCAAUUCAGAUUGAGCAAUUAUCUGUCGAGCUCGAUGCUUGGAGGGCAUGCACCCAGCCAGCCAACAAGGCUUUCCAGGAUUCUCUUUAUACUCCUCCUGCAUCACAAAGAGACGUCUACGACAUAUUACUGAAGAGAAUUGAAGAAGAACCAAUCAAAGGACUGAUCGGUCAUGAUUACGUCACUGGGUCAAAUCUUCCCAGUCAUUCUGAGGUUCAUAUCUCCUGCCUCACAGGCCUGAGAAUACAGGGCCCAGUUUAUUUCCUUGAAGAUGGAAAAUCAGCCAUCUCACUCAACGAUGCACUGAUGUGGGCAAAAGUGAACCCCUUCUCCCCUUUAGGCACGGGAAUACGUCUGAAUCCAUUCUGAUGCGAAUCUUGAAGAGAAAGAUGACAUUUUUAGUACUUUUAUAUUUUUGAUCAUUAUUCAGAUUGGUGGCGCCCUGGUGUCAGUGGACGAAUGGCAACAGUAUGGCAUUAUGUAUGUAUAUUUUAUAAAGCAUUUGAUAGCUGGGAUAGCAAGAUGUCAUAUCUAAUGAGGGAAAAGGCCAUUCCCUUAACUGGCUUUUCAAAGGCAAUGGAAUAUAUUGAUGUAUCGACCUGAUGACAAAAUACAUUCUGCCCGUUGCCAGUCAAUGGCUUUUCUGGGAGGGUUAGAUACGAAAAUGGAGAAAAACUGUGAUUAUCAUGGAAACAUGAAACCUGACUUGUCUUGUCUGAUGCUGCCUAAAGACAGUGAGUUAGCACUUUGUUCAUUUACCAUCUCAUAUAAUGUUGAGACCUCAAAUCUUUCACCUUAUGAAGAUAACAAUGUCUUUCUGUAAAGUAUUGAAAAUAAUUGUUUCAUCCAUUAGUCAGAAGAGGCCUCUCUCUCUGCAUCAUGUCCAGUGGAGUGAAUCUCAUGACAUGAAUCACAGCAGCACUAAGAUUCCCUUCAAAGGCAUUGUAAAAGACGCACUUGAUAGCAGUCGUUCUUUAUUAGCAGCAAAUAUAUGAAUGUUGGCUGCAUAUGUUAGCUUGUCAAUAGGGCACCAAAUUAUCCAGUAAUUUAGAUUUUGUAAAAUAAAUGAAAAAAAAGAUUCUGUGCUGUUCAGCACGAUGCAUACGCUUCAGAAAAAAAGAUUUUCUUUUAAUGUGCGUACUAUAAUU